UUACCAACCAUUUACCUUCUCCAUCACCAUUUCAAUCUCUUUCUUUCACUAUUCAUUUAUUUUCAUUUACAAUUCAGUAUCAAUAUUCAUUUGUUUUCGUGGUUAUUGAUUUUGCUAUGGAGAGUAUGACGCUCACUGGAUUAUUGAAACUUGUUGCUGAAAAAUUCCCUUCUCACCGUGCGAUUUCCACUUCCGGCAAGUUUGAUAUUACUCAUGCACGCCUUCAACAACUUGUUGAACGUGCUGCUUCUCACCUUGUAUCUGCCGGUGUUAAGCACGGCGACGUUAUCGCUCUCACUUUCCCAAACACAAUCGAGUUCGUGAUCAUGUUUUUAGCUGUAACUCGAGUUAGAGCCACGGCGGCGCCACUGAAUUCAGCGUAUAUGGCAGAAGAAUUUGAGUUUUAUUUAUCUGAUUCAGAAUCGAAACUCUUAAUAACUGCAAAAGAAGGAAAUGAAGCGGCUCAAGCCGCCGCCUCCAAGCUGAAAAUCCCACAUAUGACUGUAGCUCUGCCGGAAGCCGAAUCUGAUAUUGUUUUCUCCCCGGCUCCUCCUGAAUCGAACGUUGAAUCGGCGGCCGAAAUCGUUAACGACCCAUCGGAUAUUGGACUUUUCCUUCAUACAUCAGGCACCACGAGCCGGCCAAAAGGUGUUCCUCUUUCUCAGCUUAAUUUGGUAUCUUCAGUGAACAAUAUCAAAUCUGUGUACAAACUCUGUGACUCCGAUUCGACGGUUAUUGUGUUGCCGUUGUUUCACGUUCACGGGUUAAUGGCCGGGUUACUGAGUUCACUAGGAGCCGGAGCAUCCGUGACACUUCCAUCUGCCGGGAGAUUUUCCGGUACAACUUUUUGGUCAGACAUGAAAAAAUACAACGCAACAUGGUAUACAGCUGUGCCUACAAUUCACCAAAUUCUGUUGGAUCGUCACCUCAACAAACCUGAAUCUGAUUACCCAAAGCUCCGGUUCAUUCGGAGCUGUAGUGCAGCACUGGCUCCAUCAGUGAUGGCCCGGUUAGAAGAAGCAUUUGGGGCUCCUGUUUUGGAGGCAUAUGCAAUGACAGAGGCAACUCAUUUGAUGGCUUCCAACCCAUUACCUGAGGAUGGACCUCAUAUUCCCGGGUCGGUAGGGAAACCCGUGGGUCAAGAGAUGGCGAUAUUGAAUGAAAAUGGUGUUGUACAAGGGCCUAAUGCUAAGGGGGAAGUUUGUAUUCGGGGUCCAAAUGUGACGAAAGGGUACAAGAACAAUCCAGAGGCUAAUAAAUCAGCUUUCCAGUUUGGUUGGUUUCAUACCGGAGACGUGGGUUAUUUGGACUCUGAUGGAUACUUGCAUUUGGUUGGCAGAAUCAAGGAGUUGAUCAACCGUGGAGGAGAGAAAAUAUCACCUAUUGAAGUGGAUGCAGUCCUAGUUUCUCAUCCGGAAAUUGCUCAGGCUGUUGCUUUUGGAGUUCCUGAUGACAAGUAUGGUGAAGAGAUAAAUUGUGCAGUUAUUCCAAGAGAAGGGUCAAACAUUGAUGAAGCAGAGGUUAUGAGAUUUUGCAAGAAGAACCUGGCAGCCUUUAAGGUCCCAAAGAAGGUAUUCAUGACUGAUUCUCUUCCAAAGACUGCAUCAGGGAAAAUUCAACGACGACUUGUUGCAGAGCACUUCCUUGCUCAGAUUUCAACUGCCAAAGUCCCUAAGUUUGGAGCGUAGAAAAAGUGUCGGCUAUCUACGGUUCGUUCUCCUAUUAACAACAAUAAAAUGAAUGUGUUUUUCGAUAUUACUUACGUACAUACUACUUGGUCAAGAAAUCGGGACACGAGAAUAUAUCAGUGCCUCUAGAUUUUCAGUAAUGGCGCAAGUGUAUUCUCUUCUGAUCUUAUCAGGAUAUUGGUUUGGCUAGAUAUCUUGUAUUUCUCUUUUUAGUAAUGCAAAGGUUCUUUUAUUUGUUAGGA